GACAGUCGUUUAUUCGUCGAAGACGGGUUUGGUUGUGCGCUUGCGCAGUGGUUUGAAGUUUUUUGUGAAUUUAUACUUUUACGUGAACUUAAAGUGAAUAUAAAACGAAACUUUACAAUAUAUAUUUUUGUAUAUAAUUUCAUAUAGAGAGUAAUAAUAUUCAAUUAGAAAUAAUUGAUAUUUGUGUGUAAAGAAUUUCGACAGUGGCAUUUUAGUUUGAAUUCUUAUUGGACUCCUGUACGAUUGACUGGUUUAUUCACGUCACAUAGACGCAGUCGUCGGGCGCAGCCGACCGUUCCUCUUUAGGCAAGACUCGAGUGCGAAAAUAUGAACCUAAACGUGAAGUGACAAGUGUCAGUGAAUAUGUGUAGAACGCAUAAGUGACAACUUUUGUGACGUGUGAGGUUUAAAAAAAGUUAACAAUGUCCCGAUUAUUAUAUGUGGUUGUGAUAGUGACAUUCUUGGGAUAUGCCUAUUGCCAUGUCGCCCUAACAUAUCCUCCAGCAAGGAGGUUGGAUUUGGAUUUUCUGGAUAAUUCUAGAACGAAACCACCGUGUGGGAUGCCGAAGGGGUCAUUAAAAACUUCAUUUUUAGCAGGUUCUACAUUUACAGUUCAUUGGCAUUUAGCGUAUGCUCAUAAAGGAGGAUUCAGUUUGAGAAUAUUGGAUGACUUGGAAAGACCCGUCUUAGAUCUAACACCAAGGGCCGGAGGGACGGAGUUUGUUAGAGAUGACGUCACUGCCCAGAAGUACGAGGUGCGUUUACCAAGUGACUUCACGUGUGAGAACUGCACAUUGCAACUACAGAGAGAGGCAGGCGAGUGGGGCCCUACCUACCGCUUCUGGUCGUGUGCGGACAUCGAUAUAGUUGAACGUAAGAAGUUCCACGAGACAUGUUCAGGGCAUGGUUUUCACAUCCUCGGACGCUGCAAGUGUCACAAGGCGCACUACGGCUCGCGAUGCCAGUUCGCAGAUGAAUGCGCGGAGGACGGCGAGUGCGGGCUGCGCGGGAAGUGCCUAGACCUCGCCUCAGUGGAGUCGCCCAGCAAACAGUGCUACUGCCCACACGGCUUCUACGGCAAGGGAUGUAACAAGAAGUCGCCAUGGAAAGAUAGGUCUAUCGACUUGUCACUGUACACUAAGAAGGAACUAUCGAAGCAGUUUGCUCUCUACUGGCGCGUACUCAAGGAGACAAAAGAGAUUGAGUUUGUAAUGAUGGUUAACGGCACCUCGUAUGCAGGCAUUGGUUGGAGACCUCGAGGUUUGACUAAACAAUGCAAGAAUUUCCCAGUUUUAGGACCACCUCCGGACCAAACUACAAGCACACAGAAACCGGAACCGCUGCCUGAACCCGAACCGAAGUCCGAACCGGGAUCGAGCGCCGAACCUAAGUCCGAACCAGAACCCAGUCCGGAACCUAAAUCCGAACCGGAACCCAGUCCGGAACCUAAAUCUGAACCGGAACCCAGUCCGGAGCCAAAGUCUCUACUCGAGCCGACUGACGAACCUAAAGCAGAACCGACAUCGGUGCCUAAGGCGGAACCAGAACCGACUAGCAAACCUGAACCAGAACCGACUGUAGAGAAUGAUAAUAGAAAUAAGCGGGUCGCUAUGCUUUUCUUAGAUGGAAUGGAUAUCAAAAACUUGGGUGAAAACGUCACAGUCACGACCAGCGUGUCUUACCAAGUCUCCAGCUCAAAGGGAAGAAAACCAAGAGCUGCUCAAGAACUGACCAAUACCGAACCGACAAAAAGACAAAACGAUUCCAAUCCCGUACCCAUUUCGACUCCGGUACCGGAACCAGCCCCUGAGCCGGAUUCCGUACCGGAACCAACAGUAGAGCCCAAGUUAGAACCGAAAUCUACUCCUAAACCCAAGCCCAAGUCUAAAUUCGUACCGAAAUCUAAACAACUAGCGCAGAUAAAUGUUAAAACCGAAUCGGCAAAACCUCAAUUGCAACUUGAACUCCAACCUAAGUUGAAACCGCAAUCGUCUGCAAAAUCUAAAUCAGAACCCCAGAUUACACCUGAACCUAAUUCAGAACCAGAACCUACGCCUGAACCUAAAUCGGAACCGGAACCGACACCCGAACCUAAAUCGGAACCGGAACCGACACCCGAACCAAAGUCGGAACCGACUCCCGAACCGAAAUCGGAACCGGAACCGACAUCCGAACCUAAAUCGGAACGGGAAUCGACAUCCGAACCUAAAUCGGAACCGGAACCGACACCCGAACCUAAAUCCAAACCGGAACCUUCUCCCGAGCCUAAAUCAGAACCACAACCGUUACCGGGUUUCACGACGCAUAAUCAAACAAAAAAUAAUCGCGAACCCAAAGAAAGUUCUAAAUCAAUCCCUGAACCUGUGCCUGAACCCAAAUCCGAACCCGAACCUACACCUGAACCAAAAUCAGAACCAGAACCUACGCCCGAACCCAAAUCCGAGCCAGAACCUUCCUCAGAACCAAAACCUCAUUCAGAGCCUGUGCCCACGUCCGAACCAAAAUCGGAACCGGAGCCCUCAUCGGAACCCAAGUCCGAACCAGAGCCAUCCUCAGAACCUAAACCUGAGCCAAAUUCCUCUCCUGAACCUACCUCCGAACCCGAACCAACCCCGGAACCGAGUUCUGAACCGGAACCCACCCCGGAACCGAGUUUGGAACCGGAACCAAACCCGGAACCGGAUUCGGAGGAGGACUUGGAGAGCUUGCUAGUUAAAGGACUCUCGGAUGAAUCAGGAUAUUUCCCAGAUCACGAAUACGCUCCCAAAUUCGAUUUCAACGGAAUGGACUGCACAGAUCUGGUCAUUGGCACAGCUCGGGGGAACUAUCAUAGAGUACUAGAUUACUAUACAAGGGAUAGAUCGACUCCACGAGUAGAUACGUUCUGGGGCGGACAUGAUGACAUCACGGCAGCAUCCGGCUUCGAGGAGAAUGGCGUCACCACUAUCAUGUUUAGGAGGAAAAUCAAGGCGAAGGAGCCAACAGACCAUUCUCUGGUAGACGACGAGAUGCAUGUGAUCUGGGCGCUCGGCCAGGAGAACUCUUCGCUGGGGGAGUUCUACCGCGCAGACGAACUCAAGUACCACGGACACGGACAGCGCGGGGUCACCAACAUUAACUUCUUUGAGGAGACAAAAUCAUCAUCUAUGGGUGGUCUUCUCCCAUUAGAAGAUAAAUGUGGUGGUCAAUGGAAGCUGCCGGCUGACUGCGACCCCAAGAACGGCACCUGCGAGUACCACGCCAGCUGGGAGUACCUCGGACAGAAGCGGGGGAAGGAUUCUAUCAAAUUCACUAUCACUACGAAAUACAGCAAACUCUGGACCGGGAUUGGAUUCAGUAAUAACCAGAAGAUGGUAAGAAAGCAUUAUUCCUGUCCUUUUUCUACUACUGCAAGGUUAGCUUUCGUCAUCUCAGUCACUCCCAUCUUGAUUAAGUCGCCUUUAUACAAUCUAUCCGUCCUUUUCUAAGUUUACUUCCCGUUU